AUGGCACCGAGGAAAGACAAUGGCACGAGCAACAUGCUGAAUCAUGACCCCAACUUAGAGUUCGCCGAUGGUUAUACAAGAGAUGGAAAUUGUCCGACUAAGGAUCAUCCAAAUGCAUCUUCAUGUCAGAAUGUGCCAGUAGAAGGAAUGUGUUUUCAGUCUGAAGAAGAGGCAUACAAGUUCUAUAAUGCAUAUGCCAAAACAAAAGGAUUUAGUAUCAGGUGGACACACAAAAAAACUAGAGCAGAUGAUACUAUAUCUGCCAGAUAUUUAGUUUGCAGUAAGGAUGGUGUGAAGGAUAAACAUAGCACACAUGAGACCAGGAAAGAACAAGCUGUUACUAGGACGUCUUGCAAGGCUCGUGUUCAGUUCCGUAUCACUCGAGAGGGCAUUUGGAAUAUUCAGAAAGUUAUCCUUGAACAUAACCAUCCUAUGGUAACUCCAGAUAAGUCACACAUGCUAAGGUCCCAACGACAACUGAUAGAUGCUGAUAAGCAUAUGAUCAACCAAAUGCGGACUGCCGGAAUUCGACCAUCUGAAAUAUACAACUUUUAUGAAGAAUGGUGUGGUGGAGCUGAAAAUGUGCCUUUCUUAGAAAUGGAUUCCAAUAAUUACAUAAGAACUGAGUCGCAUGAAGUAUUUAGAAACCAAAGAUGCACAAACUCUUUUGGGGUAUUUGAAGAACAAACAAGCUGA